CUCUCUCAGGAUCUCUACUUCAGGUUCAAUGACGUAGCAUACAGGUGGAUCGCUCUUGACAACUGGACAUACACCACUACAUUUUCUGCCUCAACUGAGCUAAGGUACUAUUUGCACAGCUUACACUUAAUGUAUUCUCUACUCCCAGGGCCGGUUCACCCGGACACAGAACAAGCCUUGUCUUUCAAGGCCGGUUCACCCGGACACAGAAUAAGCCUCGUCUCGGAAUAAAAAUAACUUUCUAUGGAGAUUCUCCAUUGAGCUGUCUUUUUAGUCUAGGACUAGGAUUAAUCUGUGUCCGGGAAGCCACCCCUCCGUUUUUCUAAGAUAAACCUUGUUGUCCCCUUCUCCAGGGCUAAACAGAGAGUCCAGCUGGUGUUUGAAGGGGUGGACACUGUAGCGUCCAUCUCUCUGAAUGGAGUUGUUGUGGGAAAGACGGACAACAUGUUCCGCAGAUAUGUAUGGAAAAUUUUUAUUAUUUCCCGUAUGAACAUGAUUUAUGUUGCACAUUUUGUAGUAUGAUUUAAGGUGUGUAUGAUAGUUUUAGUUCAAUUGUCAAAUCUGUGUUACCAUUUACAUAAUAUGUAUGUAUAGUGAUUUGUGUUUGAUCUGGCCCAACAAUCUCUUUAGAUAACAUUACUAACAUAAGCCAUUUACAGACACUUUUAUCCAAAGCGACAUUCAGCAAAGCGUGCAUAAAUUUUUCGUAUAUGGGUGACCCCCCCCCCAGAGGGCAUCGAACCCGAAAUCCUGACUAUGCUUACCAACUGAGGCAGAGCCACACAGGACCACUUGAUAACAUGGUUUCCCUGAUCUUCAGGACUUCAGCGUAGGCCAGUUGUUGAGAGAAGGGAAGAACGUUGUGAAGGUGAGCCUCCUUUCCCCUGUAGUGUACGCCUCAGAAAGGAGUCAGGCCCACUCCUCCUACAGGGUGCCCCCGGACUGUCCUCCGCCCGUCCAGAAGGGCGAAUGUCACGUCAACUUUAUCAGAAAGGUGAGUGGCUUGAAACUCUUGGGAAUUUAUAAUAUCAUCUUUUCAGUUAAUAGUGCUUAUUGUGUGUUGACAGAAAACAUUUAAUCUUUCAGUUUUUUUACAGUUUAGUCAUGUGUAAUUUGAUCUCCAUCAAAUUAUGUCACUCUUGAAAGCUGUAACUCUUGGGAAGAAUGUAUUUGUAUUUAUUUAACCUUUAUAGAUCCCCACAGGGUUGUCGUCAUAAUACCCAUUAAGCCUAGCGGAAAUGGUUCCAAUAGUAGCCCCCAUUUUAGAAACACUUCAAAUUAAGUCUGUUUUUUUUUCUCUGAUGUUUUGAUAACCCAUGUAAAUCCCUCUCGGACAAGGUGACUUUUAUCAAUAUAUUUGACUCUAUUUACUCUCAGAUUUCGAAAAUGCUAAUUAGCAUCAAAGUAGACAUCAUGCAAGACUACAAAUCCCUGCAAGCUCCUGCACGUCAUCUCUAGAGGACACCUUUGCUGUCAGCUAGCUCGCUACUAGCUAGCUCGAUCCAAAACGAAAGAUAUACUGAACAUUAAUUUACUGUUCCAUAUUUUAUUUAACUAAUAUCUGUUGGCUUAUUUAUGCAUUUGGUCUUGUGUUUUCUAUCCUAGUAGCCGUCAGAUAUUUACAAUGUGCAAUGAAUGGGCUAGUUUUUUUUGCAAAAAAAAAAAGCUAGCGAUCUAGCUAGCUACCUAGAUGAUAUUAGCAACAUACCCUUAUUUUAGGUUGUGGCUAGACGGUAUACCAGCUACGGAUGGAUGUGACGCAUAAAUCAUCAAAAUCAUCGUCAUUUUGGAAUCGUUUCAGGGAGCAUUUUAACUAACCCUAAACCAGUGUCCAAACCUUAACUUAAUUAUCCUAACCUUAACCUAAUUAUCCUAACCUAACCUAGACAUUUUAAUAAAUUUAUUCAAAAUGAAAUACAAAAAUACACUAUAAAUCUAUAAAUGUAUGUGGACACCCCUUCAAAUUAGUGGAUUUGGCUAUUUCAACCACAACCGUUGCUGACAGGUGUAUAAAAUUGAGCACACUGCCAUGCAAUCUCCAUAGACAAACAUUGGCAGUAGAAUGGUUUUACUGAAGAGCUCAGUGACAUUCAAUGUGGCACCGUCAUAGGAUGCCAGCUUUACAACAAGUCCGUUUGUCAAAUUUCUGCCCUGCUAGAGCUGCCCCGGUCAACUGUAAGUGCUGUUAUUGUGAAGUGGAAACGUCUAGGAGCAACAACGGCUCAGCCGUGAAGUGGUAGGCCACACAAGCUCACAGAACGGGACCUCUGAGUGCUGAAGCGCGUAACGCGUGAAUCAUCUGUCCUCGGUUGCAACACUCACUACCGAGUUCGAAACUGCCUCUGGAAGCAACAUCAGCACAAUAACUGUUCGUCGGGAGCUUCAUGAAAUGGGUUUCCAUGGCCGAGCAGCCGCACACAAGCCUAAGAUCACCAUGCGCAAUGCCAAGUGUCAGCUGGAGUGGUGUAAAGCUCGCCGCCAUUGGACUCUGGAGCAGUGGAAACGCGUUCUCUGGAGUGAUGGAUAACGCUCACCAUCUGGCAGUCCGACGGACUAAUCUGGGUUUAGUGGAUGCCAGGAGAACACUACCUGCCUGAAUGCAUAGUGCCAACUGUAAAGUUUGGUGGAGGAGGAAUAAUGGUCUGGGGCUGUUUUUCAUGGUUCGGGCUAGGCCCCUUAGUUCCAGUGAAGGGAAAUCUUAACGCUACAGCAUACAAUGACAUUAUAGAUGAUUCUGUGCUUCCAACUUUGUGGCAACAGUUUGGGAAGACCCUUUCCUGGGACAUUUGUGCACAAAGCGAGAUCCAUACAGAAAUAGUUUGUCAAGAUCGGUGUGGAAGAACUUGACCUGCCUGCACAGAGCCCUAACCUCAACCCCAUCGAACACCUUUGGGAUGAAUUGGAACACAGACUGCGAGCCAGGCCUAAUCGCCCAACAUCAGUGCCCGACCUCACUAAUGCUCUUGUAGCUGAAUGGAAGCAAGUCCCCUCAGCAAUGUUCCAACAUCUAGUGGAAAGCCUUCCCAGAAGAGUGGAGGCUGUUAUAGCAGCAAAGGGGGACCAACUCCAUAUUAAUGCCCAUGAUUUUGGAAUGAGAUGUUGGACAAGCAGGUGUCCACAUACACUACAUCACCAAAAGUAUCUCAUUUACAUAAGUAUUCACACCCCUGAGUCAAUAGAUGUUAGAAUCACCUUUGGCUGCGAUUACAGCUGUGCGUCUUUCUGGGUAAAUCUCUAAGAGCUUUCCACUCCUGGAUUGUGCAACAUUUGCCCUUUAUUCUUUUCAAAAUUCUUCAAGCUGUGUCAAAUUGGUUGUUGAUCGUUGCUAGACAACCAUUUUCAAGUCUUGCCAUAGAUUUAAGUCAAAACUCAGCCACUGGAACAUUCACUGUCUUCCUGGUAAGCAACUCCAGUGUAGAUUUGGCCUUGUGUUUUAGGUUAUUGUCCUGCUGAAAGGUGAAUUCAUCUCCCAGUGUCUGGUGGAAAGCAGACUGAACCAGGUUUUCCUCUAGAAUUUUGCCUGUGCUUAGCUCCAUUCCAUUAAAAAAAAAAAAUUAUCCUGAAAAACUCCCUAGUUCUUAACUAUUACAAGCAUACCCAUAACAUGAUGCUGCCACCACUAUGCUUUAAAAUAUGGAGAGUGGUACUCAGUAAUGUGUUGUAUUGGAUUUGCCCCAAACAUAACACUUUGUAUUCAGGACAAAAAGUUAAUAGCUUUGCCACAUUUUUUGUAGUAUUACUUUAGUGCCUAGUUGCAAACAGGAUGCAUGUUUUGGAAUAUUUGUAUUCUGUACAGGCUUCCUUCUUUUCAAUCUGUCAUUUUGGUUAGUAUUGUGGAGUAACUACAAUGAUGUUGAUCCAUCCUCAGUUUUCUCCUAUCACAGCCAUUAAACUCUGUAACUGUUUUAAAGUCACCAUUGGCUUCAUGGUGAAAUCCGUAAGUGGUUUCCUUCUUCUCCGUUAACUGAGUUAGGAAGGACGCCUGUAUCUUUGGAGUGACUGAGUGUAUUGAUACACCAUUCAAAGUGUCAUUAAUAACUUCACCAUGCUCAAAGAGAUAUUCAAUGUCUGCUUUAGUGUCUACUUUUUACCCAUCUAUCAAUAGGUGCCCUUCUUUGUGAGGCAUUGGAAAACCUCCCUGGUCUUUGUGGUUAAAUCUGUGUUUGAAAUUCACUGCUCGACUGAGGGACCUUACAGAUAAUUGUAUGUGUGGGGGGACAGAGAUGAGGUAGUCAUUCAAAAAUCAUGUUAAACACUAUUACUGCACACAGAGUGAGUCCAUGCAACUUAUUAUGUGACUGUGGGGUAAGCACAUUUUUACUCCUGAACUUAUUUAGGCUUGCCAUAAAAAAAAAUGGCUUGAAUACUUAUUGACUCAAGACAUUUCAGAUUUUCAUUUUUAUUAAUUUGUAGAAAUGUCUAAAAACAUAAUUCCACUUUGAAAUGAUGGGGUAUUGUGUGUAGGUCAGUGUCCCCCCAAAAUCUAAAUGUAAUCAUUUUAAACAGAAAUUUCAGGCUGUAACACAACAAAAUGUGGAAAAAGUCAAGGGGUGUGAAUACUUCCUGUAUGCCUCUUAUACAUAACACAUAAACAUCUGACUUGAAGUAAAGAUUAAAGAGAUUCUCUGGUACUUUUAUAUAUAUUUUGCCAACCUCUUGACUCAAUAUUGCAGUGUGCAGAUGUUGAAGUUUUAGCAGGUAAAGUUGCUUUCUUUAAUAUAUGGACAUCAGAAGUAGCAGUCAAAGAAAGAUAUGGUGAAAACGUAAAGAAACACCCAGAAGCUUGUUUUUCCUCUACCACCAUCAAUUUAUUCAAUAUUUUUAGCUUCAAUUGUUCUGGAAAGAAGUAGAAUAAAGUAAUGAAAUAAUUACAAAAUGGAAAAUAUUUUUAACUAGAUCAGAGAACAGAUCAGAUCACAGGUUUGAUAAAACAAGUACGUAAGACCAGAGUGAUAGACACAGAGUGUGCAUCCCAAAUGGCACCCUAUUCCCUAUAUAGUGCACUACCAUAUAUAGUGCACUAUAUAGGGAAUAGGGUGCAAUUUGGGACACAAACAAGAGAAAGAGACACACAAACAGAUCAAUAUCUGUCUCUUUCCACUGAAAACAGCUGGACUCACUGUCAGGACCACUGUCAGAUUAAAGAGGUCAGGACCACCGUCAGAUUAAAGAGGUCAGGACCACCGUCAGAUUAAAGAGGUCAGGACCACCGUCAGAUUAAAGAGGUCAGGACCACCGUCAGAUUAAAGAGGUCAGGACCACCGUCAGAUUAAAGAGGUCAGGACCACCGUCAGAUUAAAGAGGUCAGGACCACCGUCAGAUUAAAGAUUUAGUUUUAUUUUACCUUUAUUUAACUAGGCAUGUCAGUUAAGAACAAAUUCUUAUUUACAAUGACGGCAUACCAAAGGGCCUCCUGCGGGGACGGGGGCUGGGAUUAAAAAUUAAAAUAUAGGACAAAACACACAUCACGACAAGAGAGACACCACAACACUACAUAAAGAGAGACACCACAACACUACAUAAAGAGAGACACCACAACACUACAUAAAGAGAGACACCACAACACUACAUAAAGAGAGACGCCACAACACUACAUAAAGAGAGACACCACAACACUACAUAAAGAGAGACGCCACAACACUACAUAAAGAGAGACACCACAACACUACAUAAAGAGAGACACCACAACACUACAUAAAGAGAGACGCCACAACACUACAUAAAGAGAGACACCACAACACUACAUAAAGAGAGACACCACAACACUACAUAAAGAGAGAGACACCACAACACUUUGCAAUUGCUGUUUGCUUAUUUCAACUUACCUACUUUGGCGUUUCACUUCCACACCAUAACGCACCGCUGGCAUCCUGCACAUGUCCACUGGUUUCUAGUACGUUGCUGUUCUUCUAACGGCUCUGUUUAUCAUGAUGGAGCCAGGUGAUCCAUUACUUUAACCAGAUACUCUAGUGGCCGCUCUAACAAUUAAAAUAAAUGUCUUCAAAUAUAUAUAUAUAACGCAGUCGGGAGGAGGCAAGAUCAGGUGAAACCAUUCUAGCUCAUGAGAGGGCAGACACGCGUGUGAACAACAGGCACGGUUUCCACUAGUUACCACAGCCACAAAGACAAUAGUCUAUCGUAAAAAUGGAUGAAAACUAAAAGUUGUUUUUUGGUUUUCAUUUAAGGUUAGGCAUAAGGUUAGCAGUGUGGUUAAGGUUUUAAAUCACCAUCCAACGUACAGAUACUUAAAACAUUGGCAUCAUUAUUGUGUGCCCUACAAAAUAACAGUCAGUUAUAUUUGUGAUCACCAUUCACCUGUUGGAUAGCUCUCCUGUCUGAUGGUCUUUUACCCCGCCAGGCUCAGAGUUCCUUCAGUUGGGACUGGGGACCGUCAUUCCCAACCCUGGGGCUGUGGAAGGGUGUUCACCUGGAGGCCUUUGAUGUGCUGCGACUGAUCCAUCUCUCUACCGUGCCAGUCUAUGGUAUGUGUCUCUCUCUCUCUCUCUCUGCAUGUGCAUCUAACUAUUCUGAAAUCGGUAUCAGUACAGUUACUCGGUGAACUCUCCUAGGCUGAAUCCCAGAUCAUCCCUUCCCCUCGCUCCUCUGGCCUCCAUUUGUGCGUUCAGGCACGCCUCUGCCAUAUGCACAAAUGUCCCAAAGCUGAGGGAGUUAAAAUGCUGGAGGGUGUAGUGGCUAAUUAGACUCAUCGAUAGCCACUUUGACCGAGUCUGCUUCGCUGCUGGCUUCAGAGUGAAGUGAUAUAUCCCAUAACACACCACAUGCCUAAUGUAACAUGUGAAAUACUUUCCAAAUGAACUGUUUAACUGUUACUGAGGUAUAUUUCUUGUGAAACGACGGGGAAUUUUCUCAGUUAAAUUUCAUGCUCGUUUUAUAAGUGUGUCCAGAAGUUUAUGCUUUUAUUUGAUCCCCUCGCAAUUCUUGAAGUCACCCUCUGAGUUUCGUCAGCAACACGUGACAAUGGAGGGCCCACCAAGCACGUUGGUAGGGGCGAGGGGGUGGUUUGGGAUUCACCGCUAGUCAUGGAAAGCCCUCUUCUUCCUCUUCCUGUCUCCCAGACUCCUCUCUGUCUCAGUGGGCGGUGAGGGUGGAAGUGUUGGUUGAUGCUGUGGAGGAGACUGAAGCCCAGGUCAACCUCUCUCUGAUGGAGCUGUCUACACAACACACCUUCACAGUGAUGUUUCUCUCUGGGCAGAGCAGGAACACCUUCAGCCUCCAUGUGAACACAGUUAGUAUGGGCUGCUGGGUGGGAAGGUGACUGUAUGGUUGUGUCCCCAAUAGCACCCUAUUCCCUUUAUAGUGUACUACUAUUGAGCAGAGUCCAUAGUGUUAGGGUCCAGGGGGUUAGGGUCCAUAGUGUUAGGGUCCAGGGGGUUAGGGUCCAUAGUGUUAGGGUCCAUAGGGUUAGGGUCCAUAGUGUUAGGGUCCAUAGGGUUAGGGUCCAUAGUGUUAGGGUCCAUAGGGUUAGGGUCCAUAGUGUUAGGGUCCAUAGUGUUAGGGUCCAUAGUGUUAGGGUCCAUAGUGUUAGGGUCCAUAGGGUUAGGGCCCAUAGGGUUAGGGCCCAUAGUGUUAGGGCCCAUAGUGUUAGGGCCCAUAGUGUUAGGGUCCAUAGUGUUAGGGUCCAUAGUGCUAGGGUCCAUAGUGUUAGGGUCCAUAGUGUUAGGGCCCAUAGUGUUAGGGCCCAUAGUGUUAGGGUCCAGGGGGUUAGGGUCCAGGGGGUUAGGGUCCAUAGUGUUAGGGUCCAUAGUGUUAGGGUCCAUAGUGUUAGGGUCCAUAGUGUUAGGGCCCAUAGUGUUAGGGUCCAUAGUGUUAGGGUCCAGGGGGUUAGGGCCCAUAGUGUUAGGGCCCAUAGUGUUAGGGUCCAUAGUGUUAGGGUCCAUAGUGUUAGGGUCCAUAGUGUUAGGGUCCAGGGGGUUAGGGUUCAUAGUGUUAGGGUCCAUAGUGUUAGGGCCCAUAGUGUUAGGGCCCAUAGUGUUAGGGUCCAUAGUGUUAGGGUCCAUAGUGUUAGGGCCCAUAGUGUUAGGGCCCAUAGUGUUAGGGUCCAUAGGGUUAGGGUCCAUAGUGUUAGGGUCCAUAGUGCUAGGGUCCAUAGUGUUAGGGUCCAUAGUGUUAGGGCCCAUAGUGCUAGGGCCCAUAGUGUUAGGGUCCAUAGGGUUAGGGUCCAUAGGGUUAGGGUCCAUAGUGUUAGGGUCCAUAGUGUUAGGGUCCAUAGUGUUAGGGUCCAUAGGGUUAGGGUCCAUAGUGUUAGGGUCCAUAGUGCUAGGGUCCAUAGUGUUAGGGUCCAUAGUGUUAGGGUCCAUAGUGUUAGGGUCCAUAGGGUUAGGGUCCAUAGGGUUAGGGUCCAUAGUGUUAGGGCCCAUAGGGUUAGGGUCCAGGGGGUUAGGGUCCAUAGUGUUAGGGUCCAUAGGGUUAGGGUCCAUAGGGUUAGGGUCCAUAGUGUUAGGGUCCAUAGUGUUAGGGUCCAUAGUGUUAGGGUCCAUAGGGUUAGGGUCCAUAGUGUUAGGGUCCAUAGUGUUAGGGCCCAUAGUGUUAGGGCCCAUAGGGUUAGGGUCCAUAGUGUUAGGGUCCAUAGUGUUAGGGUCCAUAGUGUUAGGGCCCAUAGUGUUAGGGCCCAUAGUGUUAGGGCCCAUAGUGUUAGGGCCCAUAGUGUUAGGGUCCAUAGUGUUAGGGUCCAUAGUGUUAGGGUCCAUAGUGUUAGGGUCCAGGGGGUUAGGGCCCAUAGUGUUAGGGUCCAGGGGGUUAGGGUCCAUAGUGUUAGGGUCCAUAGUGUUAGGGUCCAUAGUGUUAGGGUCCAUAGUGUUAGGGCCCAUAGGGUUAGGGCCCAUAGUGUUAGGGCCCAUAGUGUUAGGGUCCAUAGUGCUAGGGUCCAUAGUGUUAGGGUCCAUAGUGUUAGGGCCCAUAGUGUUAGGGCCCAUAGUGUUAGGGUCCUUAGGGUUAGGGUCCAGGGGGUUAGGGUCCAUAGUGUUAGGGUCCAUAGUGUUAGGGUCCAUAGUGUUAGGGCCCAUAGUGUUAGGGUCCAUAGUGUUAGGGUCCAGGGGGUUAGGGCCCAUAGUGUUAGGGCCCAUAGUGUUAGGGUCCAUAGUGUUAGGGUCCAUAGUGUUAGGGUCCAUAGUGUUAGGGUCCAGGGGGUUAGGGUUCAUAGUGUUAGGGUCCAUAGUGUUAGGGCCCAUAGUGUUAGGGCCCAUAGUGUUAGGGUCCAUAGUGUUAGGGUCCAUAGUGUUAGGGCCCAUAGUGUUAGGGCCCAUAGUGUUAGGGUCCAUAGGGUUAGGGUCCAUAGUGUUAGGGUCCAUAGUGCUACGGUCCAUAGUGUUAGGGUCCAUAGUGUUAGGGCCCAUAGUGCUAGGGCCCAUAGUGUUAGGGUCCAUAGGGUUAGGGUCCAUAGUGUUAGGGUCCAUAGUGUUAGGGUCCAUAGUGUUAGGGUCCAUAGUGUUAGGGUCCAUAGGGUUAGGGUCCAUAGUGUUAGGGUCCAUAGUGCUAGGGUCCAUAGUGUUAGGGUCCAUAGUGUUAGGGUCCAUAGUGUUAGGGUCCAUAGGGUUAGGGUCCAUAGGGUUAGGGUCCAUAGUGUUAGGGCCCAUAGGGUUAGGGCCCAGGGGGUUAGGGCCCAGGGGGUUAGGGCCCAUAGUGCUAGGGUCCAUAGUGUUAGGGUCCAGGGGGUUAGGGUCCAUAGUGUUAGGGUCCAUAGUGUUAGGGUCCAUAGUGUUAGGGUCCAUAGUGUUAGGGUCCAUAGUGUUAGGGCCCAUAGUGUUAGGGUCCAUAGUGUUAGGGUCCAUAGUGUUAGGGCCCAUAGUGUUAGGGCCCAUAGGGUUAGGGUCCAUAGUGCUAGGGUCCAUAGUGUUAGGGUCCAUAGUGUUAGGGUCCAGGGGGUUAGGGUCCAUAGUGUUAGGGUCCAUAGUGCUAGGGUCCAGGGGGUUAGGGUCCAGGGGGUUAGGGUCCAGGGGGUUAGGGUCCAUAGUGUUAGGGUCCAGGGGGUUAGGGUCCAUAGUGCUAGGGUCCAUAGUGUUAGGGCCCAUAGUGUUAGGGUCCAUAGUGUUAGGGUCCAUAGUGUUAGGGUCCAUAGUGUUAGGGUCCAUAGUGUUAGGGUCCAUAGUGUUAGGGCCCAUAGUGUUAGGGUCCAUAGUGUUAGGGUCCAUAGUGUUAGGGUCCAUAGUGUUAGGGCCCAUAGUGUUAGGGCCCAUAGUGUUAGGGUCCAUAGUGUUAGGGUCCAUAGUGUUAGUGCAUUAAAUAGGGAAUAGGAUGCCAUUUGGGACACAUCCUAUGACUACUGGAAUGACCUCUGAAUGUCAGAGUUUUAGCAUAUCUCUGUUCUUCGCAGUGCUGAGGUAAAUGUCUAGUGUGUGUGUUGUAGAGUAACCAGGUGAAGCUGUGGUGGCCCAGUGGCCAUGGUGAGCAGCCCUCCUAUCGUCUCAGUGUAAGAGGAACCAUGCUGGAGGGAACAGCCAUACUCAGGACAGACACACAGGUCAGAACUCAACAUCUCUACUCCUCUCUCCUAUUCUCUCUCUUCUCACUGUCUCCAGUCCUCUCUCUUCUCACUGUCUCCAGUCCUCUCUCUUCUCACUGUCUCCAGUCCUCUCUCUUCUCACUGUCUCCAGUCCUCUGUCUUCUCACUGUCUCCAGUCCUCUCUCUUCUCACUGUCUCCAGUCCUCUGUCUUCUCACUGUCUCCAGUCCUCUGUCUUCUCACUGUCUCCAGUCCUCUGUCUUCUCACUGUCUCCAGUCCUCUGUCUUCGCUCUGUCUCCAGUCCUCUCUCUUCUCUCUGUCUCCAGUCCUCUCUCUUCUCACUGUCUCCAGUCCUCUCUCUUCGCUCUGUCUCCAGUCCUCUCUCUUCUCACUGUCUCCAGUCCUCUCUCUUCUCACUGUCUCCAGUCCUCUCUCUUCUCACUGUCUCCAGUCCUCUCUCUUCUCACUGUCUCCAGUCCUCUCUCUUCUCUCUUCUCACUGUCUCCAGUCCUCUCUCUUCUCACUGUCUCCAGUCCUCUCUCUUCUCACUGUCUCCAGUCCUCUCUCUUCUCACUGUCUCCAGUCCUCUCUCUUCUCACUGUCUCCAGUCCUCUCUCUUCUCACUGUCUCCAGUCCUCUCUCUUCUCACUGUCUCCAGUCCUCUGUCUUCUCACUGUCUCCAGUCCUCUGUCUUCGCUCUGUCUCCAGUCCUCUCUCUUCUCUCUGUCUCCAGUCCUCUCUCUUCUCACUGUCUCCAGUCCUCUCUCUUCUCACUGUCUCCAGUCCUCUCUCUUCUCACUGUCUCCAGUCCUCUCUCUUCUCACUGUCUCCAGUCCUCUCUCUUCUCACUGUCUCCAGUCCUCUCUCUUCUCACUGUCUCCAGUCCUCUCUCUUCUCACUGUCUCCAGUCCUCUCUCUUCAGUCCUCUCUCUUCUCACUGUCUCCAGUCCUCUCUCUUCAGUCCUCUGUCUUCUCACUGUCUCCAGUCCUCUCUCUUCAGUCCUCUGUCUUCUCACUGUCUCCAGUCCUCUCUCUUCUCACUGUCUCCAGUCCUCUCUCUUCUCACUGUCUCCAGUCCUCUCUCUUCUGACUGUCUCCAGUCCCCUCUCUUCUCACCUCCUAUUCCCUCUCAAAGUGUAAAUUCAUCAGAUGUAAUGUAAGUAGUAUUUAGCUAACCUGGUUAAACCAGACAGAAUGCUAAAAUCACUAUUGCUUCACUGGUGAUCUUAGUCUUUAGGAUCUUAGGUUUAACCAGGCUGGUAUUCUGCUUCCAACAGGUGUUACUGUAUUUAUCAUCCAUCUCCAGAUGUAUUUAACAUCCUCUCUAUGUUAAUCCCAAGGUGUAUUUCCGUACAGUGGAGCUGGUCCAGGAGCCAAUCGCUGGUUCCCCUGGGCUGAGUUUCUACUUCCGGGUCAACAAGAAGCCCAUCUUCCUGAAGGGGUCAAACUGGAUCCCAGCUCACGCCCUUCAGGACCUGGUCAGCCCUGCUGAGUGAGGCACACACACACACACUCACACACACACACUCACACACACACACACACUCACACACACACACACACACAGACACUUAAUCGUCUUUGGUCUUAAUCAUGAUAUCAACCUUUCACUCAUUAAAUACUUCUAAGAUGGGAUGUGUUUUGUAUAUUUGAAACGGCCACAUUACAUUAACAUUUUAGUAAUUUAGCAGACGCUCUUAUCCAGAGCGACUUACAGUUAGUGAGUGCAUACAUUUUUCAUACUGGCCCCCUGUGGGAAUCGAACCCACAACCCUGGCGUUGCAAGCGCCAUGCUCUACCAACUGAGCUACAGGGGACUAUUACAAUGUCAUUGUAUUUGCAUUAUGAUUCAAACAAGACUUUAGUGUUCUGAUUUAACCCCCUAGAGUCGAUUGACACACCGGUGCGUCAAUCUAAGUUACAUAACAAAAAAAUCUCCAUAAAAAUCUGUCAGUUUAAACAAGAUAUAUAUAUAUUUUUUUUUUUAUAUAUUUUUUUUUUUGCAUUGGAUGAGUCUCAAUCCACCACAUUCACCAGUGGAUGAGUCUCAAUCCACCACAUUCACCAGUGUCCCACUUCCAUAUCUGAGGUGAAAGGUGACAGAGCUAGAGCGGUGUUUGUCAGACCGUGAGACAUCCUGAAAAUUGGUCUUCUCAUGUAAACGUCUGUAGCGUCCGAACUGUUUGGGCUACAAAUUAAUGGGACCCCAUCGUGGAACCCCAUCGUGGAACCCCAUCGUGGAACCCCACUGUGGAACCCCACUGUGGAACCCCAUCGUGGAACCCCAUCGUGGAACCCCAUCGUUGGAACCCCACUGUGGAACCCCAUCGUGGAACCCCAUCGUUGGAACCCCACUGUGGAACCCCAUCGUGGAACCCCAUCGUGGAACCCCAUCGUGGAACCCCACUGUGGAACCCCAUCGUGGAACCCCACUGUGGAACCCCACCGUGGAACCCCACUGUGGAACCCCACCGUGGAACCCCACUGUGGAACCCCAUCGUUGGAACCCCACUGUGGAACCCCAUCGUGGAACCCCACUGUGGAACCCCAUCGUGGAACCCCGCUGUGGAACCCCGCUGUGGAACCCCAUCGUGGAACCCCACUGUGGAACCCCAUCGUGGAACCCCACUGUGGAACCCCAUCGUGGAACCCCACUGUGGAACAGUGUUCUCCGUUAUUCAAUGUGUUUCAAUGGGCUUUAGACGUAAAGGACAAAAAACAUUAUUUUUUUUAAUGUAGCAAUUUUUUUUUCUUCCUAAAGGGUUCCUAAAAAUCUAAUAGCUAAAUGAUCCAUAGUAUGACCAUCUUAAAACAAUUCCACAUGUCAGCUUAGCAACCCCCCUCCCCCAACGUCUUAGCUUAGCAACCCCCCCUCCCCCAACGUCUUAGCUUAGCAACCCCCCUCCCCCAACGUCUUAGCUUAGCAACCCCCCUCCCCCAACGUCUUAGACUCUAAAGAAUUAAAACUCUCACUGUAACCUGAUAGAUUUGAACAGACAGUAGUUAGUUGUUAGUGUCUCGUUUUAUUCAUUGCCUAACCAUUGACAACAGUUGUGUUCUGUUUCAGUGUGAGGAACCUUCUACAGUCGACUGUAGACGCUAAUAUGAACGCUCUCAGGGUCUGGGGGGGUGGAGUCUAUGAGCAGGACCUGUUCUACACUCUCUGUGAUGAGAUGGGCGUCAUGGUAACUAACAAACUGACUGACUGACUGACGAGUGCUCUUUCUCCUUGUCUUCGUAAACAAAUGUUCAUUUUUUACCCCAUUUUAAUAGUAUAGAGACCGACAGACAAGACCUAAGUCUGUUGCCAAACUCAAACAAGGGGUCCGUACCAAAUGGCACUCCGUUCCCUAUAUAGUGCAGUACUUUAGACCAGAGAAUGGCACCCCGUUCCCUAUAUAGUGCACUACUUUAGACCAGAGAAUGGCACCCCGUUCCCUAUAUGGUGCACUACUUUAGACCAGAGAAUGGCACCCUAUUACCUAUAUAGUGCACUACUUUAGACCAGAGAAUGGCACCCUAUUCCCUAUAUGGUGCACUACUUUAGACCAGAGAAUGGCACCCUAUUCCCUAUAUAGUGCACUACUUUAGACCAGAGAAUGGCACCCUAUUCCCUAUGUGGUGCACUACUUUAGACCAGAGAAUGGCACCCUAUUCCCUAUAUAGUGCACUACUUUAGACCAGAGAAUGGCACCCUAUUCCCUAUAUAGUGCACUACUUUAGACCAGAGAAUGGCACCCUAUUCCCUAUAUAGUGCACUACUUUAGACCAGAGAAUGGCACCCUAUUCCCUAUAUAGUGCACUACUUUAGACCAGAGAAUGGCACCCUAUUCCCUAUGUGGUGCACUACUUUAGACCAGAGAAUGGCACCCUAUUCCCUAUAUAGUGCACUACUUUAGACCAGAGAAUGGCACCCUAUUCCCUAUAUAGUGCACUACUUUAGACCAGAGAAUGGCACCCUAUUCCCUAUAUAGUGCACUACUUUAGACCAGAGAAUGGCACCCUAUUCCCUAUAUAGUGCACUACUUUAGACCAGAGAAUGGCACCCUAUUCCCUAUAUAGUGCACUACUUUAGACCAGAGAAUGGCACCCUAUUCCCUAUAUAGUGCACUACUUUAGACCAGAGAAUGGAACCCUAUUCCCUAUAUAGUGCACUACUUUAGACCAGAGAAUGGAACCCUAUUCCCUAUAUAGUGCACUACUUUAGACCAGAGAAUGGCACCCUAUUCCCUAUAUAGUGCACUACUUUAGACCAGAGAAUGGAACCCUAUUCCCUAUAUAGUGCACUACUUUAGACCAGAGAAUGGCACCCUAUUCCCUAUAUAGUGCACUACUUUAGACCAGAGAAUGGCACCCUAUUCCCUAUAUAGUGCACUACUUUAGACCAGAGAAUGGCACCCUAUUCCCUAUAUAGUGCACUACUUUAGACCAGAGAAUGGCACCCUAUUCCCUAUAUAGUGCACUACUUUAGACCAGAGAAUGGAACCCUAUUCCCUAUAUAGUGCACUACUUUAGACCAGAGAAUGGCACCCUAUUCCCUAUAUAGUGCACUACUUUAGACCAGAGAAUGGAACCCUAUUCCCUAUAUAGUGCACUACUUUAGACCAGAGAAUGGCACCCUAUUCCCUAUAUAGUGCACUACUUUAGACCAGAGAAUGGCACCCUAUUCCCUAUAUAGUGCACUACUUUAGACCAGAGAAUGGCACCCUGUUCCCUAUAUGGUGCAGUACUUUUGACAAAUACCUUGUCUGUCCUUAGAUCUGGCAGGACUUCAUGUUUGCCUGUGCCAUGUAUCCCACUGAGCCUGACUUCAUAGAGACGGUUAGAGAGGAGGUUGUCCAACAGGUGAGCUACACCUACAGGUUGAUGUUAGUAGCUUUGUCCAGGCCUCGACGGCCCAUAGAGUACACUACAGGUUGAUGUUAGUAGCUUUGUCCAGGCCUCGACGGCCCAUAGAGUACACUACAGGUUGAUGUUAGUAGCUUUGUCCAGGCCUCGACGGCCCAUAGAGUACACUACAGGUUGAUGUUAGUAGCUUUGUCCAGGCCUCGACGGCCCAUAGAGUACACUACAGGUUGAUGUUAGUAGCUUUGUCCAGGCCUCGACGGCCCAUAGAGUACACUACAGGUUGAUGUUAGUAGCUUUGUCCAGGCCUCGACGGCCCAUAGAGUACACUACAGGUUGAUGUUAGUAGCUUUGUCCAGGCCUCGACGGCCCAUAGAGUACACUACAGGUUGAUGUUAGUAGCUUUGUCCUCGACGGCCCAUAGAGUACACUACAGGUUGAUGUUAGUAGCUUUGUCCAGGCCUCGACGGCCCAUAGAGUACACUACAAAUCUCCUGUUUCAGACAGCUUAAUGUAGCAUCCCCUGGACAAGGCCUUGAUGUAUGUUAAUAUUGAUUAUGAUGACUCAUUUCCUGGUUAUAGCAUGUAAUAACAUGUUAUAACACGUGUUCCUUCCUGUUUCCUCACCCCAAUCAGGUGAGGCGCUUAAAGUCCCACCCCUCGGUCAUCGUGUGGAGUGGGAACAACGAGAAUGAGGCUGCCCUGGCCACUGAUUGGUUCGGCAUCCCUGUUGCCCAGCAACCCCGGUACCAUAGAGACUAUGUGACUCUGUAUGUGGACAACAUCAGGGCUAUUGUUCAGAAGGUGAGAGGCAUGUCUGAGACAGUUAACUAAGAAAUACUGUAGUAAGAGUCAUGACCUGCGUCUAAUGUGGUCCUCUGUAGCUCAGCUGGUAGAGCACGGCGCUUGGAACGCCAAGGUAGUGGGUUCGAUCCCCGGGACCACCCAUACACCAAAAACAAAUGUAUGCACGCAUGACUGUAAGUCGCUUUGGAUAAAAGCGUCUGCUAAAUGGCUUAUUAUUAUUAUUAUUAUUAUUAUUAUUAAAUGGCAUAUUAUUAUUAUUAUUAACCCUAGUGCCUAUGUGGGUCAUUCUACAGAAGUGUAAAUUGGGGGAUGAUAUUUUUCUUCUUCUAAUUUGCAUCUUAUUUUCCCCCUAACUUUCAGCACGUCUUCCAACAUGUCAGGUAGACAUAUACAGGAUACUAAACUACAUUAGUCACUACUGAAACAUGGUGAAAAGGGUGCAGGGGAGAGAGACCCCUGCACAGUAGUGAUCAUUUUGAUUAACCUAAUAUUACAGAUUCAUUUUAGACAUUUUAUUUGCAUACCAAAUUAACUAAAUAGUAAAAACAAUAUUUUUAAACUGAUUUUCAAAACCUUUAAAUUGAAUUCAGAGAAAUAUCAUCUCUAUUCUUCUCUGUAAAAAGUUCAGUGUGGAUUGUAUGAAUCUGAAACUUGCUGAUUUGAUUUAUGCAUCUAAUUAAUUAUGUUGUUAGACAGGUAAAGUGAUCAUUUAAACAUCUUUAUUUUGGCAAAAUAACAGGUGUUUUGGUGUCAAGUAUCAAUCAUAGAGAUACAUAUCCUCUGUAGCUCAAUUUGGUAGAGCAUGGCGUUUGUAACGCCAGGGUAGUGGGUGAGUUUCGAUCUCCCCGGGACCACCCAUACGUAACAAAUGUAUGCACCCACAUGACUUUAAGCCGCUCUUGGGAUAAAGCGUCUGAUGGAAAUUACUUAUAGAUUAUAUACUGAUAGUUUAUAUCUGUAAGUAAUACGAGGUAGAGAGUAGGGUGUAGGUAGGUCGGUAGGUAGGUAGAGUCGGACUAAGCGAUGUAGAACGGUAGGUAGAGUGUAGUGGUAAGAAUAGGUAGUGUAGGUAUUGGUACGGUAGUAGUAUGGUCGAGAGUAGAGUAUGUACGGUUAGAUAGAUGUACGUAGUUGGUCGUAGGGUGGUAGGGUAGGGUGAGUAGGUGAGGUAGAUAUGGUAGGUAAGUAGGUACGGUAGGUAGUACGUAGUUGGUACGGUUAGGUGGUAGGGUAGGGUAGAGUACGUAGGGUAGGUAACGGUAGAGAGGGUGUAUGCAGUAGGGUAGAGUACGUAUGGUAGGGUAGAGUAGGUAGGUAGAUAGGUAAGUUGGACGGUUAGUAGAUAUGGUCGGUAGUAGGUAUGGUCGGUAGGGUAGAGUACGGUGGUCAGAGUAGAUGGGUAGAGUACGUGGGUCAGUAUGGUAUAGGGUAAGUAUGUACGUGUGUCUAGUUGUACGGUAGUGUAAGUACGGUAGUGGUAGUAGGUAUAGAGUAUGGUACGGUAGGGUAGUUGGUAACGAGUAGAGUUGAGUAGGGUAGAGUACGGUAGGGUAUGAGUACGUAGAGUAUGGUACGGUAGGGUAGAGUAUCGGUAUCGGUAGGGUAGAGUAGGUAGGAUACGGUAGGGUAGAGUAGGUAGAGUUAGAGUGGUAGGUAGAGUACGGUAUGGUAGGGUAUGAGUACGGUAGGGUAGGUGAGUAGGUACGUAGGGUAGAUAGAGUAGUAGGGUAGAGUAGAGUAGAGUAUGGUUAGGUAGAGUAUGGUAGGGUAGAGUAUGGUAGGGUAGGUACGGUAGGGUAGAUACGGUAGGGUUAGAGUACGGUUAGGUAUGGUAGGAGUACAGUGGUAGGAGAGUACGGUAGGGUUAGAGUAGGGUAGAGUAGGUAGAGUAGAGUAGACGGUAGGUACGGUAGGGUGUAAGUAUGUACGGUAGGGUAGAAGUAGGGUAGAGUACGGUAGGGUAGAGUAGGGGUAGGGUAGAGUAUGGUAGGUAGUAGUACGGUAUGGUAGGGUAGAGUAGAGGUAUGGUAAGGGAGUAGAGGGUAUUAGGUAGGGUAAGAGUAUGGUAGGGUAGAGUAUGGUAAGGGUAGAGUAGGUAGGGGUACGAGUAGAGUACGGUAGGGUAGAGUACGGUAGGUAGAGUACGGUAGGGUAGAGUAGAGUAGGGAGUACGUAGGGUAAGAGUACGAGUAGGUUGUUAUAGGGUAGAGGUAGUAGAGGUAGAGUAGUAGGGUAGGUAGGUAGGUAGGGUAGAGUAUGGUACGGUAGGGUAAGUACGGUAUGGUACGGUAGGGUAGAGUAUGGUACGGUAGGGUAGUAGGGUAGUAGGUACGGUAGGGUAGAGUAGGGUAGGGUAGUAGUGAGUACGGUGGUAGGGUAGAGUACGGUAUGGGGUAGGGUAGAGUACGGGUAGGGUAGAGUACGAGUAGGGUAGAGUACUGGUAGGGUAGUAGUAGUAAUAGGGUAGGUAGUAGGUAGAGUGAGGUGGUGUAGGUAGGGUAGGGUAGAGUACGGUAGGUAGGUAGAGUAGUAGUAGGUACGGUAGGUAGAGUACUGGUACGGGUAGGGUAGAGUAGGUAGGGUAGGUAGUAGGUAGAGUAUGGUAGGGUAGGGUAGGUGGUAGAGUACGGUAGGGGUAGGGUAGGUACGGUAGGGUAGAGUACGGUAGGGUUGUAGAGUAUCGGUAGGGUAGAGUACGGUAGGGUUAGAGUACGGUACGGUAGGGUAGAGUAUGGUAGGGUAGAGUAGGGUAGAGUAUGGUACGGUAGGGUAGAGUAGGUGGGUAGAGUACGGUUAGGGUGGAGAGUAUGGUGGGUAGAGUAGGGUAGAGUACUGGUAGGUAGAGUACUAGGUAGAGUAGGUGGUGAGUACGUAGGGUAGGUAGAGGUAACGGUAGGGUAGAGUAGGUAGGUAGGGUAGAGUAGAGGUAGGUAGGUAUGGUAGGAGUUAUGGUAGGGUAGAGUUAGGGUAGAGUGGUGGUAGGUAGGGUAGGUAGGGUAGGUACGGUGGGUAGAGAGUGGUAGAGUACGGUAGGUAGUGGUAGGGUAGAUACGGUAGGGUUAGGGUAGUAGGUAGGUAGGGUAGAGUACGGUUAGUUGGUAGGGUUAGAGUACGGUAGGGUAGGGUAGAGUAGUAGUAGUAUGGUAGGUAGGGUAGAUACGGUAGGGUAGAGAGUACGGUAGGUAGGGUAGAUGGUGAGUGGUAGGGUAGGUGGUAGGGUAGAGUAGGGUAGAGUAGAGUACGGUAGGGUAGGGUAGAUGGUGGAGGUAGGUAGGGUAGGGUAGGUAGAUGGUAUGGUAGGGUAGAGUACGGUAGGGUAGAGUAUGGUAGGGUAGGGUAGAGUAGGGUAGAGUACGGUAGGGUAGAGUAGGGUAGAGUAGGGUAGAGUAUGGUAGGGUAGAGUACGGUAGGGUAGAGUAGGGUAGGGUAGAGUACGGUAGGGUAGAGUACGGUAGGGUAGAGUAGGGUAGAGUAGGGUAGAGUAUGGUAGGGUAGAGUACGGUAGGGUAGAGUACGGUAGGGUAGAGUACGGUAGGGUAGGGUAGAGUACGGUAGGGUAGGGUAGGGUACGGUAGGGUAGGGUAGAGUACGGUAGGGUACGGUACACUAGAGUACGGUAGGGUAGAGUACGGUAGGGUAGGGUAGAGUACGGUAGGGUACGGUACACUAGAGUACGGUAGGGUAGAGUACGGUAGGGUAGAGUACGGUACGGUAGAGUACGGUAGGGUAGGGUAGAGUACGGUAGGGUACGGUACACUAGAGUACGGUAGGGUAGAGUACGGUAGGGUAGGGUAGAGUACGGUAGGGUAGAGUACGGUAGGGUAGAGUACAGUAGGGUAGAGUACGGUAGGGUACGGUACACUAGAGUACGGUAGGGUAGAGUACGGUAGGGUAGAGUACAGUAGGGUAGAGUACGGUAGGGUACGGUACACUAGAGUACGGUAGGGUAGGGUCCAGUCCAGUACAAUACAGAGCAGUACUGUAUAGCACAUUAUAGACGUCUAUGUUUUGGCCAAAUAGAUGUCAAUGUUUGGGCUCUUGGAGGGUUGGAGCCCCCCUGCUGACUUUGCAUCUCAGUACUCUACUUGUCCACGACCCACAUGCUGGUCCUCUGUAGCUCAGUUGGUAGAGCAUGACCCAUGCAGCUUUAAAAAGACAGCCUCAAUGGUGCUGCCUGUUCUGUCACAGACUCCAUCAUGUCACAGAUACAACAAUUUAGCCACACAACACAAACUCUAUGGGAUCAAUUGUUUCGGUUGUGACAUUUUGCAGUUCUGACUUAUUUUGGACUUUAAAUAAUCCCCAUAGCUACCACAUGGCUGGCUAUUUUUCAUUUUGACAGAUACUUUAGUUCCAAAACCGUGCUAAACAUAUUUCUUGAUAUAUUAGAUGUUCGGUAGUGACAUUUCUUAAAAAUACAUGAAGAUUGACCAACUUGCUCACUCAUUUUCUCCAAAAUGUUUGCAGACAGAUUGCUCACCAUGUGGCCAUGCUGGAGAGGGGUGGUAGGGUAGGGUAGGGGAGGGGGUGGUAGGGUAGGGUGGGGUAGAGGGUUGUAGGGUUUAGGUAGGGUAGGGUAGGGGGUGGUGGGUAGGGUAGGGUAGGGUGGGGGGUGGUGGGUAGGGUAGGUGAGGGGUGGUGGGUGGGGGGUCUGGUAGUGGUAGGGUAGGUAGGGGGUGUUAGGUAGGGUAGGGUAGUGGGGUUAGGUCGGGUAGGGUAGGGUCCGUUAGAGGGUGGUAGGGUAGGGUAGGGUACGGUAGAGGGGGGUAGGUGGGUAGGUAGGGGGGUGGGGGGGUAGGGUAGGGUAGGGUAGGGGGGUGGUAGGGUAGGGUAGGGUAGAGGGGUGUAGGGUAGGGUAGGGUAGGGUAGAGGGGUGGUAGGGUAGGGUACGUAGAGGGGUGGUAGGGUAGGGUCGUAGGUAGGUGGGUUAGGGUAGGGUGGGUGAGGGUAGGGUGGUAGAGGGUGGUAGGGUAGGGUAGGGUAGAGGGGUGGUAGGGUAGGGUACGGUAGAGGGGUGGUAGGGUAGGGUACGGUAGGUUAGAUGGGGUGGUAGGGUAGGUAGGUUAGGGUAGAGGGGUGGUGGGUAGGGGUAGGGUAGGGUGUGUGUAGGGUAGGGUAGGUAGUGAGGGGUGGUAGGUGUCAGGGUAGUGGUCGGGGGUGGUGUAGGUGUAGGGUAGGGGUAGAGGGGUGGUUAGGGUAGGGUAGGGUAGGGUCGAGAGUGGGUGGGUAGGGUAGGGUGGUCGAGGGGUGGUAGGGUAGGGUUACGGGUAGGUCGGUGAGGGGUGGUAGGGUAGGGUAGGGUACGGUAGAGGGGUGUGGGUGGGUGGGUGGGUAGGUGGGUCGGUAGGGUAGGGUAGUGGUCAGAGGUGGGUGGUAGGGUGGGUAGGGUAGGGGGUGGUAGGGUAGGUAGUCGGGUACGGUAGGGGUGGUGGUAGGUGGGUAGGUGCGGGUGGUAGGGUGUGGUAGCGGUGAGGGUGGAGGGUAGGGUACGGUAGAGGGGUGGUAGGGUAGGGUACGGUAAGGGGUGGUGGUAGGGUAGGGUAGAGGGGGGUGGUAGGGAGGUGUAAGUGGUGGUAGGGUAGGGUACGUAAGGGGUGGUAGGGGUAGGGUAGUGGUAGGGUACGGUAGAGGGGUGGUAGGGUAGGGAGUAGGUGUAGGGUAGGGGGUACGGUAGAGGGGUGGUAGGGUAGGGUACGGUAGAGGGGUAUGGUAGGUAGGGUGCGGUAGAGGGGUGGUAGGUAGGUGUAGUAAGGUGUGGUCGGUGAGUCGGUAAGUGGUGUAGGGGUAGGUUAGAGAGGGUGGUAGGGUACGGUAGGGUAGGGUACGGUAGAGGGGUGGUAGGGUAGGGUAGGGUACGGUAGAGGGGUGGUAGGGUAGGGUAGGGUACGGUAGAGGGGUGGUAGGGUAGGGUACGGUAGAGGGGUGGUAGGGUACGGUAGAGGGGUGCAAUCUCAUCACCUGGUGACAUGUGUAGGGGUGUGGCUUAAGGUACAUUCAUUCUACAGUCUUUUUAAAGUGUGUGUUUCAGUAGUGACAUCGAAAGUGGGGACAAUAUUUUUCAGAGAAAGAUGUUUUAAAAUCAACAAAACGACUAAUUAUGUCAGUAUCUUGCAAUGCAUUAAUAGAACAACUCAAGAUGUUCUAUUGAAAUAAUAGUGUUCAAAAACAAUCAAAAAUCAUGAUUUUGUUUUAUUUUCCAACAUGAAGUUUAGGAGUCAGUGUUUGGGCCAGCCACCUCUAUAGAAACAUGUGUAUUAACAAGGACUGGGUGCUACAGUGGAUUAAUUUAACAAUAUGUUUGUUAUUGCCUUGGAUUGAAUUAGAACAUAUCAUUAUGUAAAUAAAUGUCCUACAUUUGGAGACUUAACUGUUUUUUAAAAUAGUUUUUGAGGGGUGGGACUGCAAUUUGUACCACUUCUGUAGAAUCACCUACAUAGUACACUUCCUUUAACCAAGGUCCUGUUCCCUACAUAGUACACUUCCUUUAACCAGGGUCCUGUUCCCUACAUAGUACACUUCCUUUAACCAGGGUCCUGUUCCCUACAUAGUACACUUCCUUUAACCAGGGUCCUGUUCCCUACAUAGUACACUUCCUUUAACCAGGGUCCUGUUCCCUACAUAGUACACUUCCUUUAACCAGGGCCCUGUUCCCUACAUAGUACACUUCCUUUAACCAGGGUCCUGUUCCCUACAUAGUACACUUCCUUUAACCAGGGUCCUGUUCCCUACAUAGUACACUUCCUUUAACCAGGGUCCUGUUCCCUACAUAGUACACUUCCUUUAACCAGGGUCCUGUUCCCUACAUAGUACACUUCCUUUAACCAGGGUCCUGUUCCCUACAUAGUACACUUCCUUUAACCAGGGUCCUGUAUAAUGAACAGGGUAUCAUUUCAGACCCAGCCAUGUAAUACAGUGACGUCGUUGUACCAUAACUCAGUAGUUUGAUAACGGAUGGAUGAAGGAGGAGCCCCUCUCUCCCUAGCCUGGUUGAACCCUAUCUCUCCCUAGCCUGGUUGAACCCUAUCUCUCCCUAGCCUGGUUGAACCGGACUGAACCCUAUCCCUCCCUAGCCUGGUUGAACCCUAUCCCUCCCUAGCCUGGUUGAACCCUAUCCCUCCCUAGCCUGGUUGAACCAUAUCCCUCCCUAGCCUGGUUGAACCCUAUCCCUCCCUAGCCUGGUUGAACCGGACUGAACCCUAUCCCUCCCUAGCCUGGUUGAACCGGACUGAACCCUAUCUCUCCCUAGCCUGGUUGAACCAGACUGAACCCUAUCCCUCCCUAGCCUGGUUGAACCAUAUCCCUCCCUAGCCUGGUUGAACCCUAUCCCUCCCUAGCCUGGUUGAACCGGACUGAACCCUAUCUCUCCCUAGCCUGGUUGAACCGGACUGAACCCUAUCUCUCCCUAGCCUGGUUGAACCCUAUCCCUCCCUAGCCUGGUUGAACCGGACUGAACCCUAUCUCUCCCUAGCCUGGUUGAACCAGACUGAACCCUAUCCCUCCCUAGCCUGGUUGAACCAUAUCCCUCCCUAGCCUGGUUGAACCCUAUCCCUCCCUAGCCUGGUUGAACCCUAUCCCUCCCUAGCCUGGUUGAACCGGACUGAACCCUAUCUCUCCCUAGCCUGGUUGAACCCUAUCCCUCCCUAGCCUGGUUGAACCGGACUGAACCCUAUCCCUCCCUAGCCUGGUUGAACCAGACUGAACCCUAUCCCUCCCUAGCCUGGUUGAACCCUAUCCCUCCCUAGCCUGGUUGAACCCUAUCCCUCCCUACCUGGUUGAACCCUAUCCCUCCCUAGCCUGGUUGAACCCAUAUCCCUCCCUAGCCUGGUUGAACCCUAUCCCUCCCUAGCCUGGUUGAACCCUAUCCCUCCCUAGCCUGGUUGAACCCUAUCCCUCCCUAGCCUGGUUGAACCCUAUCCCUCCCUAGCCUGGUUGAACCCUAUCCCUCCCUAGCCUGGUUGAACCCUAUCCCUCCCUAGCCUGGUUGAACCCUAUCCCUCCCUAGCCUGGUUGAACCCUAUCCCUCCCUAGCCUGGUUGAACCAUAUCCCUCCCUAGCCUGGUUGAACCAUAUCCCUCCCUAGCCUCGUUGAACCCUAUCCCUCCCUAGCCUGGUUGAACCCUAUCCCUCCCUAGCCUGGUUGAACCAGACUGAACCCUGCGCUCACCAACAUUGUCUGAUUUAGUGCCUUUUGAUUUAGUGCCUGGGCUUGUCCACUCUGUUGUAAUGAAUCCUGUGUGGCUUGUGGGCAUUGUAGAGGGAAACAGAAGAUGACAACCUCAUCUAGCGUCUACUGGAGGUUACCUGACGUAACCCCGGUUCUGUUUCUCUCACGACCCCAUUUUCAAAUCCCCUAGUUUUGGGAAAAACGCUGCUUCAGGGUAUCACCUUCUCGCCCUCAGGAGGACGGUAGUCGCCCGUUCCUGGUCUCCAGUCCCACAAACGGAGCAGAGUCUCAGCGGGAGGGUUGGGUGGCCCACGACCCCUACGACCUGCACUACGGAGACACCCACUACUACAGCUACAGCCGUGACUGCUGGGACUGGACGGCCAUGCCACGCACCCGCUUCGCCUCAGAGUACGGCUUCCAGUCCUGGCCCUCCUUCUCCACCUUACAGAAGGUACUGUACCAAGGUUGGGGAUGGCCACAUUUCAAUUCCUGUAUUGUACUACCUUCACGUCAUCCAGUGAUUUUAGAUUUUCUCUGCCCUCAGGUGUCUGUGUCAGAAGACUGGAGCUAUGGGAGUCACUUCUCUUCUCACCGUCAGCACCACCAAACUGGCAACCAGCAGAUGCUCCAGCAGGCUGGGCUACACUACCAGCUCCCAGCCUCGGCAGAUCCACUGAAGAGAUACAGAGACACGCUUUACAUCACACAGGUACCCCUUCAGAAAGGAUUCACACCCCUGUGAGACUUUUUCCACAUUUUGUUGUGUUACAGCCUGAAUUUAAAAGUGAUUAAAUUGAGAUUUUUGGUGACUGGCCUACACACCAUAUCCCAUAAUGUCAAAGGAAUUAUGUUUUUUUUUUCGAAAUGUUUACAAAUUAAUUGUUAUGGCAAGCCUAAAUAUGUUCAGGAGUAAAAAUGUGCUUAACAAGUCACAUAAUAAGUUGCAUGGAUUGUUUAACAUGAUUUUUGAAUGACUACCUCAUCUCUGUACCCCACACAUACACUUAUCUGUAAGGUCCCUCAGUCAAGCAGUGAAUAUCAAACACGGAUUCGACCAGGGAGGUUUUCCAAUGCCUCGCAAAGAAGGGCAUUGAAUAUCCCUUUAAGAAUGGUGAAGUUAUUAAUUACACUUGGGAUGGUGUAUCAAUACACCCAGUCACUACAAAGAUACAGGCGUCCUUUCCUAACUCAGUUGCCCGAGAGGAAGGAAACCGUUCAGGGAUUUCACCACGAGGCCAAUGGUGACUUAAAAACAGUUACAGAGUUUAAUGGCUGUGAAAGGAGAAAACUGAGGAUGGCUCAACAACAUUGUAGUUACUCCACAAUACUAGCAUAAUUGACAGAUUGAAAAGAAGGAAGCCUGUACAGAAUAAAAAUAUUCCAAAACAUGCAUCCUGUUUGCAACAAGGCACUAAAGUAAUACUACAAAAAAUGUGGCAAAGCAAUUCACUUUUUGUCCCGAAUACAAAGUGUUAUGUUUGGGACAAAUUCAAUACAACACCACUGAGUACCGCUCUCCAUAUUUCCAAUCAAAUCACAUUUUAUUUGUCACAUGUGCCGAAUACAACAGGUGUACACCUUACAGUGAAAUGCUUACUUACAGCCCUUAACCAACAAUGCAGUUUCAAGAAAAAUACAAUGCAAAUAGCCCGGGUAGCCAUUUGAUUAGCUGUUCAGGCAUAGUGGUGGCUGCAUCAUGUUAUGUGUAUGCUUGUAAUCGUUUUUCAGGAUAAGAAAGAAAUGGAUUGGAGCUAAGCACAGGCAAAAUCCUAUAGAAAAGCCUGGUAAAUCUGCUUUCCACCAGACACUGGGAGAUUAAUUGACCUUUCAUCAGGACAAUAACCUAAAACAGUGGCCAAGUUAGUUUUUAUUUAAUCUACUUGAAAAUCUAUGGCAAGACUUGAAAAUGGUUGUCUAACAACGAUCAACAACCAAUUUGACAGAGCUUGAAGAAUCUUUAAAAGAAUAAAGGGCAAAUGUUGAACAAUCCAGGAGUGGAAAGCUCUUAGAGACUUACCCAGAAAGACUCACAGCUGCAAUCGCUGCCAAAGGUGAUUCUAACAUUUUCUGAGGCGUGAAUACUUAUGUAAAUUAGAUAUUUCUGUAUUUCAUUUUCAAUAAAUGUGCAAACAUUUCUAAAAACAUGUUUUCACUUUGUCAUUAAGGUGUAUUGUAUGUAGAUGGGUGACACAUUUAAUUUAAUUUAUUUUUAAUCCAUUUUGAAUUCAGGCUGAACACCACAACAUGUGGAAUAAGUCAAGGGGAAUAAGUCAAGGGGUAUGAAUACUUUCUGAAGGCACUGUACAUUACACAGGUACACCAGACGCUUUACACCACAGCCAGAGAUCAGAGCGUGUGUUCACUUUGCCUUGACACACACAUAUAUAUAUAUAUAUAUAUAUAUAUAGCGACUCCAUAGGAGCCUACAGCCAUCUGUCUCAGGGUUCACUAUGACUGGUCUUCCUCCAGGUCAUGCAGGCCCAGUGUGUUAAGGCCCAGACAGAGUUCUACCGCCGCAGCCAGAGUGAGGUCAUCGAGGGCAAAGGUCACACCAUGGGAGCUCUCUAUUGGCAACUCAAUGAUAUCUGGCAGGGCCCUUCCUGGUCCUCUAUAGGUAGGUACUGUUACUGUGUGUUACUGGAGGGCAUUUACACAUUACACAUCUGCAUGUACUGGAGGGCAUUUACACAUUACACAUCUGCAUGUACUGGAGGGCAUUUACACAUUACACAUCUGCAUGUACUGGAGGGCAUUUACACAUCAUACAUCUGCAUGUACUGGAGGGCAUUUACACAUUACACAUCUGCAUGUACUGGAGGGCAUUUACACAUUACACAUCUGCAUGUACUGGAGGGCAUUUACACAUUACACAUCUGCAUGUACUGGAGGGCAUUUACACAUUACACAUCUGCAUGUACUGGAGGGCAUUUACACAUUACACAUCUGCAUGUACUGGAGGGCAUUUACACAUCACACAUCUGCAUGUACUGGAGGGCAUUUACACAUUACACAUCUGCAUGUACUGGAGGGCAUUUACACAUUACACAUCUGCAUGAUUAUGUCCCAUGUUGCCUUUUGUCUGAAGUGUCCGUUAAAAUAAAAUACUUUAAAAUGUUAAAAACAUGUUUAGCAGAUGUUAUUGCGGGUGUAGCGAAAAAGCUUGUGUUCCUAGCUCCAACAGUGCAGUAAUAUCUAACAAUUCACACCAAUAAACACAAAUGUUAAAAUGGGUCGAGAGUUUCAAGUUCCGUGGUGUCCACAUCACCAACGAACUAUCAUGGUCCAAACACACCAAGACAGUCGUGAAGAGGGCACGACAACACCUUUACCCCCUCAGGAGACUAAAAAGAUUUGGCAUGGGUCCUCAGAUCCUCAAAAGGUUCUACAGCUGCACCAUCGAGAGCAUCCUGACUGGUUGCAUCACCGCCUGGUAUGGCAACUGCUUGGCCUCCGACCGCAAGGCACUACAGAGGGUAGUGCGUACGGCCCAGUACAUCACUGGGGCCAAGCUUCCUGCCAUCCAAGACCUACAGUGGGGAGAACAAGUAUUUGAUAAACUGCCGAUUUUGCGGGUUUUUACUACUUACAAAGCAUGUAGAGGUCUGUAAUUUGUAUCAUAGGUACACUUCAACUGUGAGAGACGGAAUCUAAAACAAAAAUCCGGAAAAUCAGAUUGUAUGAUUUUUAAGUAAUUAAUUUGCAUUUUAUUGCAUGACAUAAGUAUUUGAUACAUCAGAAAAGCAGAACUUAAUAUUUGGUACAGAAACCUUUGUUUGCAAUUACAGAGAUCAUACGUUUCCUGUAGGUCUUGACCAGGUUUGCACACACUGCAGCAGGGAUUUUGGCCCACUCCUCCAUACAGACCUUCUCCAGAUCCUUCAGGUUUCGGGUCUGUCGCUGGGCAAUACGGACUUUCAGCUCCCUCCAAAGAUGUUUUAUUGGGUUCAGGUCUGGAGACUGGCUAGGCCACUCCAGGACCUUGAGAUGCUUCUUACGGAGCCACUCCUUAGUUGCCCUGGCUGUGUGUUUCGGGUCGUUGUCAUGCUGGAAGACCCAGCCACGACCCAUCUUCAAUGCUCUUACUGAGGGAAGGAGGUUGUUGGCCAAGAUCUCGCGAUACAUGGCCCCAUCCAUCCUCCCCUCAAUACGGUGCAGUCGUCCUGUCCCCUUUGCAGAAAAGCAUCCUCAAAGAAUGAUGUUUCCACCUCCAUGCUUCACGGUUGGGAUGGUGUUCUUGGGGUUGUACUCAUCCUUCUUCUUCCUCCAAACACGGCGAGUGGAGUUUAGACCAAAAAGCUCUAUUUUUGUCUCAUCAGACCACAUGACCUUCUCCCAUUCCUCCUCUGGAUCAUCCAGAUGGUCAUUGGCAAACUUCAGACGGGCCUGGACAUGCGCUGGCUUGAGCAGGGGGACCUUGCGUGCGCUGCAGGAUUUUAAUCCAUGACGGCGUAGUGUGUUACUAAUGGUUUUCUUUGAGACUGUGGUCCCAGCUCUCUUCAGGUCAUUGACCAGGUCCUGCCGUGUAGUUCUGGGCUGAUCCCUCACCUUCCUUAUGAUCAUUGAUGCCCCACGAGGUGAGAUCUUGCAUGGAGCCCCAGACCGAGAGUGAUUGACCGUCAUCUUGAACUUCUUCCAUUUUCUAAUAAUUGCGCCAACAGUUGUUGCCUUCUCACCAAGCUGCUUGCCUAUUGUCCUGUAGCCCAUCCCAGCCUUGUGCAGGUCUACAAUUGUAUCCCUGAUGUCCUUACACAGCUCUCUGGUCUUGGCCAUUGUGGAGAGGUUGGAGUCUGUUUGAUUGAGUGUGUGGACAGGUGUCUUUUAUACAGGUAACGAGUUCAAACAGGUGCAGUUAAUACAGGUAAUGGGUGGAGAACAGGAGGGCUUCUUAAAGAAAAACUAACAGGUCUGUGAGAGCCGGAAUUCUUACUGGUUGGUAGGUGAUUAAAUACUUAUGUCAUGCAAUAAAAUGCAAAUUAAUUACUUAAAAAUCAUACAAUGUGAUUUUCUGGAUUUUUUGUUUUAGAUUCCGUCUCUCACAGUUGAAGUGUACCUAUGAUAAAAAUUACAGACCUCUACAUGCUUUGUAAGUAGGAAAACCUGCAAAAAUCGGCAGUGUAUCAAAUACUUGUUCUCCCCACUAUAUAUACUAGGCAGUGUCAGAGGAGGUCUCCAGCCACCCUAGUCAGACUGUUCUCUCUGCUGCCGCGCAGCAAGCGGUACCGGGGUGCCAAGUCUAGGACCAAAAUGCUCCUUAACAGCUUCUACCCCCAAGCCAUAAGACUGCUGAACAAUUCAUCAAAUGGCCACCCGGACUAUUUGCAUAGUCACUUUACAAAUUACCCCCGCACAUUGACUCGGUACCGGUACCCCCUGUAUAUAGCCUCGUUAUUGUUAUGUAAUUUUCUUGUGUUACUUUUUGGUUUAAUUAUUUUUUUUUACUUUAGUUUAUUUAGUAAAUAUUUUCUUAACUCUAUUUCUUGAACUGCAUUGUUGGUUAAGGACUUGUAAGUAAGCAUUUCAUGGUAAGGUCUGCAACUGUUGUAUUCGGUACAUGUGACAAAUAAAAUGUGAUUUGAUUAUCUAAAAGUAAAAUAAUGGAAUGAAGAAAUAUAUAAAUAUUAGGACGAGCAAUGUCCGAGUGGCAUUGAUUAGAAUACAGUAUAUACAAAUGAAAUGAGUAGUAUGUAAACAUUAUUAAAGUGACUAGUGUUCCAUUAUUAAAGUGGCCAGUGAUUCCAUGUCUAUGUAAGGUGCAGGGUUGAGUAACCGGGUGGUAGCCGGCUAGUGAUGGAUAUUUAACAGUCUGAUGGCCUUGAGAUAGAAGCUAUUUUUCAGUCUCUCGGUCCCAGCUUUGAUGCACCUGUACUGACCUCGCCUUCUGGAUGAUAGCGGGGUUAACAGGCCGUGGCUUUGGUGGUUGAUGUCCUUGAUGAUCUUUUUGGCCUUCCUGUGACAUCGGGUGCUGUAAGUGUCCUGGAGGGCAGGCAGUGUGCCCCCGGUGAUGCGUUGGGCAGACCGCACCACCCUCUGGAGAGCCCUGCGGUUGCGGGGGGUGCAGUUGCCGUACCAGGCGGUGAUACAGUGGGGGAAAAAAGUAUUUAGUCAGCCACCAAUUGUGCAAGUUCUCCCACUUAAAAAGAUGAGAGAGGCCUGUAAUUUUCAUCAUAGGUACACGUCAACUAUGACAGAGAAAUUGAGAUUUUUUUUUCCAGAAAAUCACAUUGUAGGAUUUGUAAUGAAUUUAUUUGCAAAUUAUGGUGGAAAAUAAGUAUUUGGUCACCUACAAACAAGCAAGAUUUCUGGCUCUCACAGACCUGUAACUUCUUCUUUAAGAGGCUCCUCUGUCCUCCACUCGUUACCUGUAUUAAUGGCACCUGUUUGAACUUGUUAUCAGUAUAAAAGACACCUGUCCACAACCUCAAACAGUCACACUCCAAACUCCACUAUGGCCAAGACCAAAGAGCUGUCAAAGGACACCAGAAACAAAAUUGUAGACCUGCACCAGGCUGGGAAGACUGAAUCUGCAAUAGGUAAGCAGCUUGGUUUGAAGAAAUCAACUGUGGGAGCAAUUAUUAGGAAAUGGAAGACAUACAAGACCACUGAUAAUCUCCCUCGAUCUGGGGCUCCACGCAAGAUCUCACCCCGUGGGGUCAAAAUGAUCACAAGAACGGUGAGCAAAAAUCCCAGAACCACACGGGGGGACCUAGUGAAUGACCUGCAGAGAGCUGGGACCAAACUAACAAAGCCUACCAUCAGUAACACACUACGCCGCCAGGGACUCAAAUCCUGCAGUGCCAGACGUGUCCCCCUGCUUAAGCCAGUACAUGUCCAGGCCCGUCUGAAGUUUGCUAGAGUGCAUUUGGAUGAUCCAGAAGAGGAUUGGGAGAAUGUCAUAUGGUCAGAUGAAACCAAAAUAGAACUUUUUGGUAAAAACUCAACUCGUCGUGUUUAGAGGACAAAGAAUGCUGAGUUGCAUCCAAAGAACACCAUACCUACUGUGAAGCAUGGGGGUGGAAACAUCAUGCUUUGGGGCUGUUUUUCUGCAAAGGGACCAGGACGACUGAUCCGUGUAAAGGAAAGAAUGAAUGGGGCCAUGUAUCGUGAGAUUUUGAGUGAAAACCUCCUUCCAUCAGCAAGGGCAUUGAAGAUGAAACGUGGCUGGGUCUUUCAGCAUGACAAUGAUCCCAAACACACCGCCCGGGCAACGAAGGAGUGGCUUCGUAAGAAGCAUUUCAAGGUCCAGGAGUGGCCUAGCCAGUCUCUAGAUCUCAACCCCAUAGAAAAUCUUUGGAGGGAGUUGAAAGUCCGUGUUGCCCAGCGACAGCCCCAAAACAUCACUGCUCUAGAGGAGAUCUGCAUGGAGGAAUGGUGCCAAAAUACCAGCAACAGUGUGUGAAAACAUUGUGAAGACUUACAGAAAAUGUUUGAUCUGUGUCAUUGCCAACAAAGGGUAUAUAACAAAGUAUUGAGAAACUUUUGUUAUUGACCAAAUACUUAUUUUCCACCAUAAUUUGCAAAUAAAUGUAUUCAAAAUCCUACAAUGUGAUUUUCAGGAAAAAAAAAUCUCAUUUUGUCUGUCAUAGUUGACGUGUACCUAUGAUGAACAUUACAGGCCUCUCUCAUCUUUUUAAGUGGGAGAACUUGCACAAUUGGUGGCUGACUAAAUACUUUUUUCCCCCACUGUAUAUGGACAAGCAAUGUCAGAGCGGCAUGGACUAAGAUACAGUAGAAUAUUAUAGAAUAGAAUGCAGUAUAUACAUAUGAGAUGAGUAGUGCAAGAUAUGGAAACAUUAUUAAAGUGACUAGUGUUCCAUUUCUUAAAGUGGCCAGUGAUUUCAAUAGGCAGCAGCAGCCUCUAAUGUGUUACAUUUUAGUCAUUUAGCAGACGCUCUUAUCCAGAGCGACUUACAGUUAGUGAGUGCAUACAUUUUUCAUACUGGCCCCCCGUGGGAAUCGAACCCACACCCCUGGCGUUACAAGCGCCAUGUUCUACCAACUGAGCUACAGGAGGCUUCAUAUCAUACAGUGCCUCUGAAGCAGAGGUGAGUCCGGCUCAUGCCUGCGACUUCAAAAUCAGUCACCCUCGGCGGAAGGGGAAAUUGCCUUUUGGUCUCACGGUCAAGACGUUGGUUUCUCCCAUGGGAGACCAGGGUUCAGAUCCUGCGCUUCACUGUUCUUCUUCUUCGUCUGCAGAGUUUGGUGGGAAGUGGAAGAUGCUGCAUUACUUUGCCCAGGACUUCUUCUCCCCUGUGCUGCCGGUGGGCUUCGAGGACCAGGGUAGUCUGGUGGUCUAUGCUGUGUCUGACCUGAGCCACGACCUUCACCUCAGGACUGUGGUACGUUGACCCUCUCGCCAUUUUUAACCCAUAAAAUAACUGUUUCUCAAUACCACAUUGAGUCCACACAUUAAAAACACAGAACACAGAAACAUGUCUGUUUAUUAACCUAUUGAUGCAGUCAGAUCCAUAAUUAUCUUGAUAAAGAUUAGCAAAAAAUACUGUAUAAAAUAAAUUAUACAAAUAUUGAUCUACAGUGCAUUCGGAAAGUAUUCAGACCCCUUGACUUUUUCCACAUUUGUUACGUUACAGCCUUAUUCUAAAAUGGAUUAAAUUAAUUUUUUUCCUCAUCAAUCUACACACAAUACCCCAUGAUGACAAAGCGAAAACAGAUUUCUUGAAAAUGUUGCUAAUUUAUUAACAAUACAAAACAGAAAUACCUAAUUUACAUAAGUAUUCAGACCCUUUGCUGUGAGACUCGAAAUUUAGCUCAGGUACAUCCUGUUUCCAUUGAUCAUCCUUGAGAUGUUUCUACAACUUGAUUGGAGUCCACCUGUGGUAAAUUCAUUUGAUUGGACAUGAUUUGGAAAGGCACACACCUGUCUAUAUAAGGUCCCACAGUUGACAGUGCAUGUUAGAGCAAAAACCAAGCCAUGAGGUUGAAGGACUUGUCCGUAGAGCUCCGAGACAGGAUUGUGUCGAGACACAGAUCUGGGGAAGGGUACCAAAACAUGUCUGCAGCAUUGAAGGUCCCCAAGAACACAGUGGCCUCCAUCAUUCUUAAAUGGAAAAAGUUUGGAACCACCAAGACUCUUCCUAGAGCUGGCCUCCCGGCCAAACUGAGCAAUUAGGGGAGAAGGGCCUUGGUCAGGGAGAUGACCAAGAACCCGAUGGUCACUGACAGAGCUGUAGAGUUCCUCUGUGGAGAUGGGAGAACCUUCCAGAAGGACAACCAUCUCUGCAGCAUUCCACCAAUCAGGCCUUUAUGGUAGAGUGGCCAGACAGAAGCCACUCUUCAGUAAAAGGCACAUGACAGCCCGCUUGGAGUUUGCUAAAAUGCACCUAAAGACUCUCAGACCAUGAGAAACAAGAUUCUCUGGUCUGAUGAAACCAAGAUUGAACUCUUUGGCCUGAAUGCCAAGCGUCACGUAUGGAGGAAACCUGGCACCAUCCCUACGGUGAAGUAUGGUGGUGGCAGCAUCAUGCUGUGGGGAUGUUUUUCAGCGGCAGAGACUGGGAGACUAGUCAGGAUCGAGGGAAAGAUGAACGGAGCAAAGUACAGAGAGAUCCUUGAUUAAAACCUGUUCUAGAGCGCUCAGGACCUCAGACUGGGGCGAAGGUUCACCUUCUAACAGGACAACGACCCUAAGCACACAGCCAAGACAACGCAGGAGUGGCUUCGGGACAAGUCUCUGAAUGUCCUUGAGUGGCCCAGCCAGAGCCCAGACUUGAACCUGAUCGAACAUUUCUGGAGAGACCUGAAAAUAGCUGUGCAGCGACGCUCCCCAUCCAACCUGACAGAGAUUGAGAGGAUCUGCAGAGAAGAAUGGGAGAAACUCCACAAAUGCUGGUGUGCCAAGCUUGUAGCGUCAUACCCAAGAAGAUUCGAGACUGUAAUCGCUGCCAAAGGUGCUUCAAGUAAUAUAAAAAAAAUCUACAAAAAGAUAGGAGUCAAGAUUAUUGGUAACCCUAAUUUCAGUACACCCCCCUGUUUUAUGAGAUUGGAGAACACAUUGGGAGGGAUCUUAGACCAUUCCUCCAUUCAGAAUCAUUCCAGAUCCUUGAUAUCCUUUGUCUGCGCUUAUGGACUGCCCUCUUCAAUUAAAACAACAUGUUUUCAAUGGGGUUCAUGUCCGAAGAUUGAGGUGGCCAUUGCAAAAUGUUUAUUUUGUGGUCAAUUAACAAUUUCUUCGUGGAUUUUGAUGUGUGUUUGGGGAUAUCAGCCUCCUGGCAGAGGCAAAAAGGUUUUUGGCAAAUAUAUGCUGGUACUUGGUAAAGUUCAUGAUGCCAUUGACCUUAACAAGGGCUACAGGACAGGUUGAAAGCAAAAUGGUUCAUCUUCGAUUUUAUGGGGCUAUGUUGGUUCCACUGGUCCUGAGGCCCUUUUUAAGGUCAUGAAAUAUUCCAGGUACUUGGACAUUUUAGCCAACAACCUGGAUGCCUCCGCCAGGAUGCUGACACUUCCAAGUGGAUCUUCCAGCAAGAUAAUAACCCCAAGCACACAUCAAAAUCCACAAAUCAAUGGUUUAUUGACCACAAAAUCAACAUUUGGCAAUGGCCAUCUCAGUCUCCAGACUUGAACCCAAUUGAAAACCUCUGGUUUGAAUUGAAGAGGGCAGUCCAUAAGUGCAGACGAAGGAUAUCAAGGAUCAGAAAAUAUUCUGAUUGGAGGAAUGGUCUAAGAUCCCUCCCUAUGUGUUCUCCAAUCUCAUCAGGCAUUAUAGAAAAAGGCUCAGUGUCGUUAUCCUAGCAAGGGGAGGGUGCUAGAAUAUUGAAAACAAGGGUGCCAAUAAUAUUGACCCCUAUCUUAAAAAUGUUUUUAUUACUUGUUAAACAAAAUCUCUUUCUCUGAGCAAUUGUAUUAGUAUAAAAUAAAAUACUUGUAAUUCUUUUUACAAUAAAGUUCAGUAUUUGUAUUUAUUUUAUACACUCUUCUUUCUCGUCUUUAUCAAGGGUGUCAAUAAUUAUGGACCUGACUGUAUUUAUGUAAGUACUUCACUACUGCCCUUUAGAACCAGUCCCCAGGCAGGCGAAGUGGAUAACUAUUUUCCUCCGUAGUCCCCAGGCAGGCGAAGUGGAUAACUCUUUUCCUCCGUAGUCCUCAGGCAGGCAAAGUGGAUAACUCUAAUCCAAUAGUCUGCUGCUGGAAAAACGUAUGUGUUAUGGCUUUACACCCUCUGCUAUAAUGUGGAUAAAGAGUUACCUGUCUAACAGAACACAGAGGGUGUUCUUUAAUGGAAGCCUCUCCAACAUAAUCCAGGUAGAAUCAGGAAUUCCCCAGGGCAGCUGUCUAGGCCCAUUACUUUUUUCAAUCUUUACUAACGACAUGCCACUGGCUUUGAGUAAAGCUUUGAGUAAAGCCAGUGUGUCUAUGUAUGCGGAUGACUCAACACUAUACACGUCAGCUACUACAGUGACUGAAAUGACUGCAACACUUAACAAAGAGCUGCAGUUAGUUUCAGAAUGGGUGGCAAGGAAUAAGUUCAACCUAAAUAUUUCAAAAACUAAAAGUAUUGUAUUUGGGUCAAAUCAUUCACUAAACCCUAAACCUCAACUACAUAUUGUAAUGAAUAAUGUGGAAAUUGAGCAAGGUGAGGUGACUAAACUGCUUUGAGUAACCCUGGAUUGUAAACUGUCAUGGUCAAAACAUAUUGAUACAACAGUAGCUAAGAUGGGGAGAAGUCUGUCCAUAAUAAAGCGUUGCUCUGCCUUCUUAACAACACUAUCAACAAGGCAGGUCCUACAGGCCCUAGUUUUGUCACACCUGGACUACUGUUCAGUCUUGUGGUCAGGUACCACAAAGAGGGACUUGGGAAAAUUGCAAUUGGCUCAGAACAGGGCAGCACGGCUGGCCCUUAAAAGUACACGGAGAGCCAACAUUAAUGAUAUGCAUGUCAGUCUCUCCUGGCUCAAAGUGGAGGAGAGAUUGACUUCAUCACUACUUGUUUUUGUAAGAGGUGUUGACCAGCUGAAUGCACCGAGCUGUCUGUUUAAAUUACUAGCACACUGCUCGGACAUCCAUGCAUACCCCACAAGACAUGCCACCAGAGGUCUCUUCACAGUCCAGAACAGACUACGGGAAACACACAAUGCUACAUAGAGCCAUGACUACAUAAACAACACUUUAUGGAACAGCGCGGACUGUGAAGAAACACACACACACACACACACACACACACACACACACACACACACACACAGGCACACACACACACACACACAGGCACACACACAGCAUUCGCAAACACAUGCUAACACACGCACUCUACACACACACAUUUUAAUAUUGUUAUUUUGCUGUAUUAUUGAUGUUGUAUUGUAAAUAUGUUAUGGUAGAGUAGUAUGUAAUAAGGUGUUGUGUUAUGGAUUGUUUUAUUGUAUGUAAAUUGGGGUUGGACCCCAGGAAGAGUAGCUGCUGCCUUGGCAACCGCUAAUGGGGAUCCCUAAUAAACCCCAGGAAGAGUAGCUGCUGCCUUGGCAACCGCUAAUGGGGAUCCCUAAUAAAUAAAAACACCAUCGGUGACAGAGUAGUGAUUGUAGACUGAUUUAUCUUGUUAUCAGGUUUCGGUGUAUGAGUGGAGCAGUCUGGAUCCUGUGUGCACUGUGGCUUCCGGACAGGUGCUGGUGGAAGGAGGAAGUGCUGAGGUCAUCCACAAACAGCCAAUCACAGCCCUGCUGGCGGGGUGUGGGGGUGGGAGCUGUACCCGCCUCACCUGUCUCCUGACCUUUCACCUUGAGGAUGUCAACGGCCAGCAAGGUCCCAUCAACCACCUCUUCCUCAGCUCACCCAAAAAGGCCCAGGGGAUGCUGAGACCCAACAUCACUGUAAGAUGAACCAAUAGGAAGGACACACUCUCCAGCAGCACAAUGACAUCAUCACAACUGACUGCAGCAUCUUCGUUAGUUCUGGUUCUAAUUACGUCACAUCAAUCAUAUUUGUCCGCUGGAUCUCCUAUAGGGCAGUUGGGGUUAAUAUACAGAUUGUUAUUGGAUAGAUAAGGAGUGCCCGUCCCCCCCGUCUCUCUGGAUGGCAGCAUGACUAAUGUAUACACUCUUAUGGUAGUCUGGGUUAAUACACAGCUUGUUAUUGGUUGUGCGUUUAUAAUACAUUACGCAUAGUUCAUAGGGUGUUAUAAACGUGCCUAUAACACAUCACGAAUAUGUUAUUGAUAGGAAUGGACCAGGAGUGCUCCGUUUUCAGCCCGUCUCUCUGGAUGGCAGCAUGACUACCGUAGUGACCCCUCUCUCUCUCUCUCCUCUCAGGCCAAGGUGCAGCAGGACGAGGUGGGAGAAUACACCGUGACCCUGCAGUCCUCCGCCGUAGCAGCCUUCGUAUGGCUGGAUGUGGGGGACGUCCCAGGACGAUUCGGCACCAACGGGUUCCUCAUGGUCACCAGGAACAGAACAGUGACCUUUAACCCCUGGGGUCUGACCAGUACCCAGCAGCUAGCCAAGGCUCUGACUGUUACGUCAUUGAGAGAUGUGUACUGACAUGGCAUCCUAUACCCAACGUAGUGCACUACUUUUGACCAGAUCCCUAUGGGUUGUGUACUAUAUAGGGAAUAGGGUGCAGUUUGGGACGUACUUACUGAACCACUACCCAGUACCCAGGAGUUAACCCAGACCCUCUCUAUAACCUCUCUGAGAUGA